CCAUUUAUCUACACAAAGAUACGGAAUAAUUUGAAUUCUUUUCUAAUUUACUGACAACUACCCGUGAUAAUUUACCGCCGGAUUUGCAAUAUUUAAACAGAAUUUAAGCUUUUGGGGCCGAUCCAUGUUUGUCGAAAGAUUUUGAAACAAAUGAUAACGCCGACUGCCCGCCUCAAUUUGUGACGAUCUUUCUUUGUUGCCCGAGGAUCAAGGAUAAUUCUGAACAAGAUCUCUGGAACGUUUUAGAGGAGUCCGUUGUAUUUACAUUUUACCCCGAGUACAAUUGACUGCGACAAGCAUUUUGAGCACUCUGACCCUCAGAAAGACGGUGAUCUAUCAACAAAAUAGAGAAGUCUUCAUUUGUGAGAACCGUAACCAACUCCUUGGAUUAGACUGAAUGAUGUCGGUUUAGUAGAUGGGUCAAUUUCACACGUUCUAGAUGACCACAUCGAUGACGAAUUUCAUUUUGGGAUUCAGAAAUUCAAUGAAGCAUGAAGAUCAUCCACGCAUUCAUUCCACAUAAUCCAUUUUGUCAUGGGCUUGACCAAAUUACGGUUCUUUUCUAUUCAUUAUCCAAACUCGUCACAAACGUUUAAUUUCUUAUGGACGUGGCAUUAAGCGUGCAUUUUCUGAAUGGAAGAACAUACCUCAACAGAGAACAAUCAACUUCGAACUUCAAAUCAUUCCAAGACUAAACGACGAAUUCGAUGGAGAAUAUUUUUAUUCAGAAAAAGCCGAAUAUUAUUGUGUUUCAAAGACAUGGUGUUUUUCAUUACAGUAUUUCUCAUAUUCACAAGUAGUGUUGUAAGGGGGAUGAGCAACGAUAUUUUACGAUUGAAUAUACCUCCCAAGGAACCUAAACUAGAUCCUAACACCGUCUGUAAGACGUUUCCUGAUUUGACGCCAAGACAAUACACGCUGUGUAGCAUGUACCCUGACGUCACAGCAUCCGCCAUUCAGGGUAUACAAGUUGGCGUACACGAAUGUCAGAACCAACUGAAGGACAACAGAUGGAAUUGCUCUUCGCUGGAGAAGAAAAAUAAAAAUCCUCAUGCAAGUCCACUGUUAAAGAGAGGUUACCGUGAAACCGCCUUUGCCUACGCCAUUUCCGCCGCCGGAGUUGUCCACCAGGUGGCAGUUGCAUGUAGUCUGGGAAAACUGAAGUCCUGUGGCUGCGACAUGAGUCGACGAGGGAAAGUUAGGAAAUGGGAAUGGGGAGGAUGCAGCCACAAUGUUGACUUCGGUGAACAGUUUUCUAAGAAGUUUCUGGAUUCUAAAGAAAAACGCUCCAAAGACAUACAUGCCAAAAUUAAUUUACACAACAACAGAGCUGGAAGAUUGGCCGUCAUUAGAAACGUCAAUAGGAAGUGUAAAUGUCAUGGAAUGUCCGGAAGUUGCGAAAUGCAGACCUGUUGGAAAGCAACUCCAGAUUUUAAGGAGGUUGGGAAUCGUUUAAGGCGGAAGUACAGGUCGGCAAGAAAGGUAAAGGUUGACGUUCUCAACAAGGUGAAAACACAUUAUAAGAAAAUCAGAAAAUAUACACGAAAAACUGAUCUUCUUUUCUACGAACAAUCUCCGAAUUAUUGUGAUCCUAAUCCGGAAGUAGAUGCGCCAGGGACCUCUGGCAGACUUUGCAAUAAGACAAGUUCAGGGGCAGAUAAUUGUGAAACUUUGUGUUGUGGGCGUGGUUAUAACACGCUGAGAGUGAGACGGACAGAAAGGUGCGAUUGCAAAUUCCACUGGUGUUGUUACGUCGUAUGCCAAACCUGUGAAUAUAAUGAGUGGGUCACAGUUUGUAAAUAAUGAUCAAUUUUUUUCUUGCAUCCAUGUUUUGUUUGAUUUUUAUGUAUAUACAUGUAUUUUAUACAUAUUUAAUUCAGGUUGUUGUGUGUUAUCCACAAUAGUCCCUCGUUUUCUAUAUAUACAUGUAUUGUGUCACUAUUUUCGCAUCACUUUUCGUUUGUAAUACUUCGACAAAGCGCUUCUAUAUUUGAAGGGAAACUAAAACUAUUUAUUUUUUAUCAUUCUCUGCAAUCAUACACUUGUGUCAUGAUUGCAUUUAUUUGUAUGUCAUCUCUGUUUUUCAUUUCAAAAACCAUGCAUUAAAACGAGGAUUUACUUUUAUUUUUGCAUAAUUCACACAUUUGAUUUGUACUUUCCUCAUGUGCUGUGCCGAAGAAAGAAUAUGUCAAUUUUGAAAUUUAAUGUAUUUUUGAUCUUUGUACAUUUCUACUAUAAAACAUAUGCAUAUGGAAGUCAG